AUUGCAAAGAAAUGAUGAUGAUGGUAAUGAUGAUGUUGCACAUGCUGUAACUGAUCGCAUGUAUUACUGGUUAAGAUCUAUGAAGCUUUCAAAGACGAAACUCUACUUAUGGAUGUUCAUCAUCGGAUUCGUCGCAUUCUGCCUUUAUGCUAAUUUAAGUUUCACAGCUGAUGUCCCACUGAUCCUCCAAGAUGCUCAAGAAAGGUUGACGGGCGUGUUUUACUCAAUGCAUGACAAACGCCAGAUAAACUACGUAACGAACAUUUUGCAGUUCAAAAGCGCUUACCAACUUUCUUCGAAAAUCGAGGUUGCAUCCGUGUUUCGUCGUAAACCUGAAACAGAGCAUUUGUCGUGUGGAAGAAUACUAAGUGGAGACGAGGGUUAUGAAUUCAUAGAAGACGAACUCAGGGCCAGCUUUCACCCGCAAAAUAUCUUCUGCUUCUCUGUAGACGCGAAGGCCGAGAAUGAAUUCUAUUCCAACAUUUUUGCGCUUUCGAUUUGUCUGCCUAACGUACUGAUUUCUCCAAUGCGCUAUUCGAUAGAUAGUAGAGGAGAGAAUAUGAAUCAAGCCCACUACGAUUGUCUUAAGCUACUUUCCAAGCACGAAGGAUGGCAAUACGCCAUAUUACUUCAGAACUACGACAUGAUGAUCAAAUCCGUAUACGAGACUGUGUCAAUUCUAGAAGCGCUUAACGGUGCGAAUGACAUCCGCUCAAGACCUUGUGAGUGGUUUAGAUGGAAUCACACAGCAAAUUGGAAUGUGCGCACAUUGAAGCUCUUCCAUAAUGAGUCAUUAGCAACAGCCUCACAGUUAGCUACUAAUUUGACAAUUGUUCGAGGAAUAGUACAAUCUUCGAUAAGCAGAGCUGCUGUUGAUUGGGCUGUCAAUACCGUUGACCUAACUACGCUUAUCAACCGGAUCAACACUCGUGUGUACGGUACAGACGAGCUACUUUGGGCUAUUUUGCAAAUGAGCGAUGGUCUGCAAAUGCCUGGAAGGUUUACCGAAAAAUGCAGUAAAAGCUACGUACCCUUUAUUACAAGGUAUAUUGCUGAUAUGUUCAAGAGACAGGCUUUUGGUGCUUAUCUAUCUCCCUAA